AUGACUUCUUGUGGCAAAGUAGAAAAUCCAAUUCUAUGUGCAGGGGGUUGUGGUUUUUAUGGAACUUCAAGCAAUCACAACCUUUGUUCCCAAUGUUACAAAGAUUUUCUUAAAGAAGAAGAAGCCAAGAAUAUCGUGGUUUUAUCUGAAAAGAUAUCAUCUCUUACUUUUCAUGAAGGUACAACGACUGAGAAUGUUGAUUCGACAAUGAAGAUUAAGCAAAGAUGCAUGACUUGCAAGAAGAAAGGGGUUGUGGUUUUUAUGGAACUUCAAGCAAUCACAACCUUUGUUCCCAAUGUUACAAAAAAAUUUCUUAAAGAAGAAGAAGCCAAGAAUAUUGCAGUUUUAUCUGAAAAGAUAUCAUCUCUUACUUUUCAUGAAGGUACAACGACUGAGAAUGUUGAUUCAACAAUGAGGAUUAAGCAAAGAUGCAUGACUGGCAAGAAGAAAGUUGGAUUAAUAGGAUUUAGUUGUCGAUGUAAAGGAAUGUUUUGUAGUGUUCAUAAGUAUCCUGAAGAACAUGCAUGUACUUUCGAUUACAAGUCUUUUGGUCGUGUGACUUUGGCUAAGGAAAAUCCUCCAUGUAGACAUGAUAAACUUGAGAAUAGGAUCUAA